AAACUGGACAUCCUGAUUCGAGAGAUCAUCCAACGAACUUUUCUCGUUCUUGCAACGUUCGAAAGUAGAUUUACGUUGCGGAAAACAAGCUAGUGCAAUGGCGACUAAUGUAUAUGGGGCCUCUUUGGCCGGAGGUACUUUUGACUUUGUGAGCUUUGUAAAGCAACCUCAAACUAUAGUGCGCGUAUUGAGCUGGCUUUGUGCUAUCGUGGUUUUUGCAACAAUCACCGGGGAGGGCUAUGUCAACCCAUCAGUCUCAGGUGAAACCACAUGCAUGUUCAAUAAGAACGACAGUGCCUGCACUUUUGGAGUUGGCACAGGAAUUAUUGCUUUCCUGGCAUGCGUUGUCUUUACUGUGCUGGAUGCUUACUUUCCACACAUCAGCAGUGCCAGGGACAGGAAAAACAUCGUCAUUGGUGACCUUGUCGUAUCUGGAGCAUGGACGUUCAUGUGGUUUAUCUGUUUCUGCUUCUUGGCCAAUCAGUGGUCUCACACAGGCACGGACGUGAUAGCAAGUGCUGCCAGGGCAGUUGUGGCUUUUUCAUUCUUCUCAGUUAUCACUUGGGCACUACUGACCCUGUUUGCCUUUAAACGAUUCCGCCAAGGUGUGGGUGACAUAGACCUGGGCUACACAGAUCCAGCUAAUGACCACACCACUCCAUACCCUCCUACCCAUCCCUAUACAAGUGGGCCUCCAGAGGGCUACCAACAGUCCCCUUUCACCCCAAAUUCUGGAUAUUCUGGAGAGGGAGGUUACCAGCCUCCAGCGUACUGAGAGACUAAGAUCAGGUGAUCUGAUCUGAUCUGAUCAAGGUUGGUCAGACAUUUAUCCCGAAGGCUCAUCAGUGUGGAUUUUGGCUCUUGCACUCCAUCGUGUGUAUGUGUAUGUGUGUGUG